UGUGUAUUACUUUGCUACGUACAUUUCUCACUUAGUUAUUCACACAAAGAGAUCUUAACAUGGGUUUAAGAACUUUUUGUUUAGGAUCAAUUUUAUUUUUCAUGUUGUUUAUGCCUACACUUUUGAAUGCUCUUACGGUGUCGGAGAUUCGAGAGUUGAGAGCUAAACACCGGUUGUCGAGUUUGUUGGUGUUUGGAGAUUCAAGUGUUGAUCCCGGCAACAACAAUCGCAUCACAACCUCGUCGAAGAGCAACUUUUUACCUUAUGGGAAGGACUUCAUGGGCGGUCACCCUACCGGAAGGUUUAGUAAUGGGAAACUUGCAAGUGACUUUGUAGCUGAAGCAUUAGGUUAUGCAAAAACAGUACCAGCGUUUUUAGACCCAAAUAUAACAAAGGAGGAUUUGCUACAUGCUGUUAGUUUUGCUUCUGCUGGCUCCGGUUAUGAUGACCUCACUGCCAAUCUCACUAAUACCAUAUCAUUGACUAGACAAAUAGAAUACUUCAAGCAUUACAAGAUACACCUGGGACAAUUUGUAGGAUACAAAAAGGCCGACGUAAUUAUAAGUAAGGCUGCUAUACUAAUGAGCAUGGGCACCAACGAUUACCUACAAAAUUACUUCUUGGAGCCUACUCGUCCAAAGCAAUUCACCUUAGAUAAGUACCAAGAUUACUUGGUCUCUCGCAUGCGCCAUGCCAUUGUGGGGAUGCACAAGGUUGGAGCAAAAAGAAUAGCCGUAGUUGGUGUACCACCAUUGGGUUGCAUGCCCGCGGUGAAAACAUUUGUAGGUGAUGGAGUACAUUGUGUUGAUAAAAUUAACAAAGCAGUCUUAUCUCUUAACUUAAAAAUAGAGAAAGAAAUGAAGGCUAUUCAGACUCAAUUGAACAUGAAAACGCUCUUUAUUGAUGCUUACAAAGUCGUAAGUUCCGCAAUUAACAACCCAAAGAAAUAUGGUUUUAGUGAGACAACAAAAGGAUGUUGUGGAACAGGAACAUUUGAAGUAGGUGAUGCAUGCAAAGGCUCAGAAACAUGCAAAAAUCCAGAUAAAUAUGUAUUUUGGGAUGCUGUUCAUCCUUCUCAAAUGCUGUACAAAAUCCUUGCUCAAGUGACCAUGAAGUCUAUCCCAUCCACUUUCUUUUGCUGAUGUAAAUGCAUGCAAUUAACUAGUGAAAUUUCAAAGACACCUAUGUAAGGUUUUGAGCAUGCAUUGCUCUGUGUUUUAAAUAUAAGAAGGGUUUUCAAUUCUAAGGGGGCAACUCUCUUCUACAGUAUAGUUCUGUCUACUAAAUAUUCGUUUUUCCAAAUAUUAUCUAUCUUCAUUCAUGA